AUGGCCAACAGGCAGAACUUAAACCGAACAAGCAGGGACAAAACAGAACCACAAGAUAAUCAUAUGUCAACCUUAUACGCAGUUGUGGCCUCUGUUCCUGUACAUUCCUUUCGGAAAUACUUUGCUUUUAGAUUUGGCCAAUCAACUAGUCACAUUUUGAAAACUGUGAGCCUUGGGGCCUACGUUGAGGAGAGAGUUCCAAGUUUGAAGCUUUUCAUGGGGAAAGGAUGCAGAAAUGAAGAGCCUAAUAUACCAUCGUUGGUAGCUCUUUCAAGUGCCAUGCUAUUACUUCAAAGGUAUGAGUUCAAGAAAAAUCAUGGUGAAUGGGUCAGUAGUGUCAAACCUGAUUUAGGUCCAGGGAUAUCAGAACGGGUGUGGGAAGCUCUUGCAGCUACAGAUGAAAAUAUAGAAGUCUGCCAAAGAGUGUUGACUGAAUUACGGGCUGCUCUGGCUUCUCUGGUUGGGGAUCUGGGCAUCCUUGCAAUCCCUACAGUUCCUGGGCCUCCUCCAAAACUUCAAACAGAGGCUUCUACCCUGGAAACUUUUUGUGUCAGAGCUUUUAGCUUGUUGUCCAUUGCUGGAGUAUCUGGAUUUUGCCAGUUGAGCAUACCUCUUGGGAUGUAUGAUAAUCUUCCGGUGGCAGUGUCUUUGCUAGCAAAACAUGGCUCAGAUGCAUUCCUGCUGAAUGUUGUUGAGAUCCUUUAUGACACUCUCAAGGAGCAGGUUGAAAUUGCAGAAAAUUUGGGUUACUAA